UGAUAUUGCAGUUAUAACAGCUGAGGUAUUCUGGAGUUGUCCUUCAUAUAUAGCUAUAUAUAUAUAUAUAUUUUAUCUCAGUAAGGAAUCUGUUAAACUGAAGUGGUUUAUGUUUUUGGUAAACGUUGAUAUUAACAUUCAACUUUGAGGAAGUGCAUGAAUAACACAGAAUGACUCCCUUGCUGUAUAAAGAUGCCUUUUGGGGAGUUGAUUUCACUAAUCAUCAGGGCUAUGAGGUUCUGAUUCAGAGACUAUAUGAUGGCAGGCGGAUGUGCAAAGAUGUGGAGGAACUGCUGAAGAUGAGGGCCAUGGCAGAAGAGAGGUAUGGGAAGGAUCUGGUGACAAUAGCACGUAAAGCUGGGGGGCAGACAGAGAUCAGCACUCUGAAAGCCUCCUUUGAUCAACUUAAAACACAAAUUGAAAACAUCGGGAAUCUGCAUAUCCAGCUAUCCGGAAUGUUACGGGAAGAGAUGAAGAAGAUGGAAAUAUUCAGAGAGCGACAGAAAGAACAGAGGAGGAAGUUUGAGGGGAUUAUGGAGAAAGUUCAGAAGAUGAAGGUGUCCUUAUACAAGAAGACCAUGGAG